GGGGCAGGGAGAACGGGAAAGAUCAGGGCUUUCUGACAUCUCUGGACACCAGCUGCUCCAGCGCGUCCUGAGAUUGCUUGAAGGCGGCACCGGCAUCCUCUUACCCUUAUGCCACUCACCUGUGCCACCACCCUAAUCGGUCAGGUGAGGCAGCAAGUAGUGGUGGGGUCCACCCCUGCUCUGUGGCCCCUCGACGCUCCCCACCCCAGGUGCGUGCUGAAUGCCGGGUGGCGGGAGCGUAAGUGUGCGAAGGAUGUGAAUGAGCCAGUGGACGCGUGAAUGGAGGUGGAUGGAAGCGUGAAGUACAAGGCGGGGCUCCAGCUGGGUGACCUCGAGUGCAGACAGGCCGGGGCUCCCUCCCCUCUCCUCCCAGCAUCCCGCUCCGCUCCCCUCCCCGCGGCGCGCAGCCCUCCCUAGCCCUCCCGAGCUACCGCGGGCACCAGAGCCGGGACCACGCAGCCACUGAGCGGACAGCGCCGCCUCAGGAGGGGGCUACCCCGCCGCGUCUCCAGUUCCGCACCAAGGCGAAGUCCCGCGAGCAAGGUCCAGGUUCCAGCAACGGAGGAUGCCCGGGGCCGGGAGCCAACAGGUGCGGGGCGUGGGCGACCCCCAGGACUGACUUGGGGAUUCCAGAAGAGCAUCGGCAGGGCUUGCUAAUAAUGAUACCGAAUACUGACUGGAGGGCCAGCUUCUGGGUGUACCAGGCUCUGGGUGAAGUAGUUCCCAAACCUUAGAGCUCAAUACUCUUCAUCGUGGCUCUGGAAGGUAGGUAACUUUAAUACUCUGUUGGACCACUGGGUGGGGAAACUGAGUCUCAAGGAGGGAGGUAAAAGGUGCCUAGCUCCACCAUUCCCACCCCAUGACUAAGAAUAAAGAGACGGAGGUAGACAAAGUCCCUAAUGUCCUCUUCUUUCCUUCCUUCCUUCCUUCCUUCCUUCCUUCCUUCCUUCCUUCCUUCCUUCCUUCUUUCCUUCCUUCCUUCCUUCCUCCCUCCCUCUCUCCCUCCCUCCCUUCCUCCCUUCCUUCCUUCCUCCCCUCCUUUCUUCCCUCCUUCCUUUCUUCCCUACCUCCUCUCCCUCAGGAAGUUUGGUCUGAGACCCCAAAGACCUGAGGGCAAGACCAGGGCCUUUGAAAGGAGUGGGCUGAGGGCUUGUGGGAGUUUCUCUUUCUCCACAGAGCCCAGGACUCUCCUCAGCUGAAGUGGCUCCUAAACUCAUGGAACCCUCGGCCACUCCUGGGGCCCAGCCUGGAGUCCCCACUAGUAGUGGGGAACCCUUCCAUCUGCCUCCAGACUAUGAGGACGAGUUCCUCCGAUACCUGUGGCGCGAUUAUCUCUACCCGAAGCAGUACGAGUGGGUUCUCAUUGCAGCCUACGUGGCUGUGUUCCUCAUAGCCUUGGUGGGCAAUACCCUGGUCUGCCUGGCUGUGUGGCGGAACCACCACAUGAGGACAGUCACCAACUACUUCAUUGUCAACCUGUCCCUGGCAGAUGUGCUGGUGACUGCCAUCUGCCUGCCUGCCAGCCUGUUAGUGGACAUCACCGAGUCGUGGCUCUUCGGCCAGGCUUUGUGCAAGGUCAUUCCCUAUCUCCAGGCUGUGUCGGUGUCAGUGGCAGUGCUGACUCUCAGCUUCAUCGCCCUGGACCGCUGGUAUGCCAUCUGCCACCCACUGUUGUUCAAGAGCACAGCUCGCCGUGCCCGUGGCUCCAUCCUGGGCAUCUGGGCUGUGUCGCUGGCUGUCAUGGUGCCCCAGGCUGCUGUCAUGGAGUGCAGCAGCGUGCUGCCUGAGCUAGCCAAUCGCACCCGGCUCUUCUCUGUCUGUGAUGAGCACUGGGCAGAUGAACUCUACCCCAAGAUCUAUCACAGCUGCUUUUUCAUUGUCACCUACCUGGCCCCACUGGGCCUCAUGGCUAUGGCCUAUUUCCAGAUCUUCCGCAAGCUCUGGGGCCGCCAGAUCCCUGGUACCACAUCAGCCUUGGUGCGGAACUGGAAACGGCCCUCGGAACAACUGGAGGCUCAGCACCAGGGCCUCUGUACAGAGCCCCAGCCCCGGGCCCGAGCCUUCCUGGCUGAGGUGAAGCAGAUGCGAGCUCGGAGGAAGACGGCUAAGAUGCUGAUGGUAGUCCUGCUGGUUUUUGCACUCUGUUAUCUGCCCAUCAGUGUCCUCAAUGUCCUUAAGAGAGUGUUCGGGAUGUUCCGCCAAGCCAGCGACCGGGAAGCCGUCUACGCCUGCUUCACCUUCUCCCACUGGCUAGUGUACGCCAACAGUGCCGCCAACCCUAUCAUCUACAACUUCCUCAGUGGCAAAUUCCGGGAGCAGUUCAAGGCUGCCUUCUCCUGCUGCCUGCCUGGUCUGGGUCCCGGCUCCUCUGCCAGACACAAGUCCUUGUCCUUGCAGAGCCGCUGCUCCGUCUCCAAGGUCUCUGAGCAUGUCGUGCUGACCACCGUCACUACCGUGCUGUCCUGAGUGGGGCCGGCCCAGGCUCUGGGAGACCUGGUCCUUUGCCUGGGGUCCACCCCAGCAGUCACAGGAAGACUGCUGCGGUUCAGUGAGAGGCUGUGCGAUGCCAGUCCUGGUUUUCUGCCAGAGUCAUCCCCUCUCUGAGGUUGUGUCCCCUAAGCUGGGUGGAUAGGGGCUUAAGCUGCUCAAGAAAGCAGUGUUGCAAACCGUCUAGUGCUGUGGGCGUGGUUACUGUCAUCCCUGUCUCAUAUGGCUCUACCCUAGAGUGUCACUUCACCCUAUCAGAGCUUGGCUUUCCUCCCAAAGACCUGACUCCUACUCAAUUAUAGGCCUUUCCUGCCUGGAGUCUGCUCCAAAGGUCCCCACAGACAUAUUCACCUGGCCUGAAGACCACUGGAAGCCGGGACUGCACAUGGCCUGUUGCACCAAUGUGUCCCUGUGAACUAAUUUGGGCUCAGCCCUUCUCAGUGAGCUCUGAAGCACGGUCUACCCUCUCCAGGUGUGGACUGCAUGCUGCACAGGCUAGAGCUCGUUGGCAUUGUGGAAUGCUUAAACACUCUCCAUGUGGCCAUUCGUUCAGCAUGGAGGCCAGCAGCCCGGAGCAGCUGUAAUUAAAAGCCUGGCACUGAA